UCAGAAAAUUAGAAAUAUUAUAAAAUGACUAACUAAUUAGAAAAGGACGCUUCUAAGAAAAAAGAGCGAGCAGCUGACUUCUGAAGCUAUUUCUCUCUAAUGGUUUAGUUGAAAUAAAAUCUCCAAAGAAGAAGAAGAUGAUGAGCAUUAUGAGUCGGUCUCGCUUAGAUGCAAUGUUGUCCAUAUUCGUCUCGGUGCAUCCACACGAGACCUCUGCUCUGCUCCAUUCAUCUUCCUGCUUCUUCUUCAUUUUAAGCGCAUAUUUCGUGGUUCUUCCUUUGCGAGAUGAGGGUGCCAUCUCCUUAGGUUUAUCGAAUCUGCCUGGUCUGUUUUUGGGUUCUUUAGCUCUCACUUUGGUCGCCGCCCCCGUUUCAACUCUCGUUUUCUCAUUGCGUAAUCUUUCUAAAGCCAAGGCUUUGGUUUUGAUACACAGGUUUUUCAGUGUAUCACUUGUUGUAUUUUUCAUUCUAUGGUAUUCCUCGUCUGCGGCUUCAUUAUCAUUAAAGAGUGCUGUCAGUACAUCCUCAAGUUCAGAAAAAGAUCAAAUGGUUGAAGCCAAUGAAGAUAAUCUUGCAUAUUCAGUUGGGUGGGAGAAUCAUGGAUGGUUUUAUGUAUCUGUCAGAAUCGGAUUGUUUCUUUGGGUUGCUUUACUCAAUCUAAUCACAAUUUCUUCAACAUGGGCUAGAGUAAUUGAUGUCAUGGACAGUGAGUCAGGUUCAAGAUUAUUUGGGUUUAUUGGUGCUGGUGCCACACUUGGCCAGCUCUUUGGGUCAUUGUUUGCCACAGGAAUGGCUUGGUUGGGGCCCUUCCUCCUAUUAUUUGCUGCUUUGCUAAUGGAAUUUGCGGCACAAUCAGCAAAAGGGAUAAACUUUGAUAUUUCCCAACUCUCUGAAGAAUUAACUCCUAUUAGGGAAACAACUUCUGAAGAGCAGAAAGAGGCUGAUAAGCGCACUGUUCAAACUUCAAACAGCUCUUCUCCUAAACCAUCUUCUUCCGCAGCAAAGCCUCAUCUUUGGACCAUCUUAGAUGGACUUAGGCUCAUAAUGUCAUCAACCUACUUAAUGUCUGUGUCUUUAUUCCUGUGGCUGGGAGCCGUUGUAUCUUCCUUCUUCUACUUUCAGAAAGUGAGUGUAAUUGCAACAACAGUUUCUAGCCCUCUUGAAAGAAGAAAAUUGUUUGCACAGAUAAAUAGCUUUAUUGCUAUCUUUAUCCUUACGGGGCAACUUACCAUGACUGGGCGUAUUCUGACUGUUGCUGGGGUUACUAUAGCUAUAUGCUCUGCUCCAUUUGUUGCCUUAUUAAACAUGGUUGCUCUAGCUGUUUGGCCAACUUGGGUUGCUAUUGCUGUUUCUGAGACCCUGCGUAAGGUUGUUACUUACGUUGUGACCAGGCCAGGAAGAGAACUUUUGUUUACUGUCGUAUCGCAGGAUGAGAAAUACAAAGCCAAGGUAUGCAUAGAUGUAGUUGUUCAAAGACUUGGAGAUGCUACAGCAGCAGGAAUUUACAAACUACUAUUCAGCACCCUUAAUGGGAGAGCAUCAACCGUCUCACUCUAUGCUGUGCCUAUCUGUUUACUGUGGAUAGUGACAGCAUACCACUUGGGGCGCCGCCAAGCCCACCUCGCCAUGCUCCAGACUGCUCCCACUUCUUGAGAUCUAAUACACUUUUUUCCCCAAUCAAAGAUCAAUUAUAUUAAGCUUUUACUUGUACCAACUGUAACAUACUUUUUGAUCACCUUGUUACAUCUUGUAUAGGAUCCUUGAAGCAUAUUAUUAAUAAUAAUAUUCAUAUAUUAGAAUGUGA